AUGGGCCAGAAAUCAGAUGGAGAAAUCAUAUUUCUUGAUGACAUUACACAAGCCCAGGCACUGCCAUCUCAAGACUCUGUUCUACAUUUGCUCCCUGCCGCAGAUGAACCUCAAAGUGCCGCUUACUUCUGUCGCUUUGCUAUCCGCGAUAGAAGCGAUGCGAACGCAGCUUGCAUCACGCCACUAAAUUCUGGGUUACUUUCCCGUCAAGAUCGAUGGAAGCGCCCUCGUUAUGCGCCAUCCAAGCCUAUUGUCAUUGACCUCAGUUCACGGGAUCUAGGACUCGCUGAAGGUUUUUCCCAGGCUGAAUUUGACAUCAUCGCUGGUUUGGAAUUCGACUCGGAACAGGACAUGAGUUGGAGGACCAGGUAUCCUACAGCAACUAUUUACGAUGAAAGUCCGCCGUCUGUUCUUUCGCACAUGAGACGCGGAAAAUUGCUGCCUCCUCAGGACGUGAAAGCUGGCGUUCCAAAAGUACUGAUCUUCUCGGAGACUGGGCCAUUGGUCAUCGGAGGUGGUGAAGACCCCGACUUUGACCUGCCCCUUCUGAACAUAAUCAAUGAACUGAAUGCCAGCGAGGAUGACUUUGACUGUCUGGUCUCUAUACAGCCAGCAGGAAUUCUGCAUCCACGGUACCUUCCUUCCUUUGCAAAGGCUGUUCUCGAACUCCUGAAGAAACGACACUCAGUGCAUGUUUUCAGCGUCCGUCUACCAGAUCAUGGGAUCUCGAACAGUCAGACAUACAUCGUCCUGCUUGCCUCUCCCAUCUGCUCCGACGUCCCUUGGCCUGCGACCCACCUUGACACAAAGAGCAUCGAAGAGCAGAUCGGCCAUCUCAAGUCUAAGAACCCUCGGGCGGAUGACACACACCCUACAGCAGGGAAACAUGUAUUCUUGAAUCCUGCGGGUCAGGUCAAUGUCUACAACCAUGGCACCGGUCAGCUGCCUGAUGCGGCUGACAGGCCGUACUUUAAAACCGUCGACUUUGAGAGCAACAUCAUCUUGCCAACACUUUACAGCGAUCACGGCUGGCUGCACCCUACUCGCCACGAUAUUCUCACGAUCAUUGCAUCAUUUCCGCCGCCUAUCGCGCGGGGCAUCGCGGAGGCAAUUCGUAAGAUCAUCAAGGAGCAUACGGCGCCCGGAUUGGAUGCAAGCACAUUUGCUGCUCUGAAUCUGGGUGGGCGACCGCAGAAGAGGACUCGAGUGGAUUGA